AUAUUGACAACAUGCCGUUGACGUUGAAUUUCUGAACUGUUAGGUUAUGUUUGAUCAAAAUAUUAUGUAUUAUGUAUUCAUAAUAAAAUAAAAUACACGAUAACACUAAAAUUGAUGUAUAAAUCUCUUGCAGACAUUGAAUAAAAGUACACCAAUAUGCCUAGUAUACCGGACAGAUGGAUUCCCUACAAAGCCUGUGGCAAUAUUAUUGAAGGGACCAGACUAAUCUGCUUUAAAGUACCUCUAAAUAAAAAUGUUCAGAAGUUUAACAAGGAUAUCAAAACAAUAUGGGAUAUUCCAGCUCUUAUAGAGAAAAUACCAAAAUUAGGCGCUGUUAUUGACUUAACAAACACAGCUCGGUACUAUAAUCCUGAGGAAUUAAAGGCGGCGGGCGUACUACACAAGAAAAUUUUAAUGCCGGGCCGCAUAAUACCUCCCGAGAACAAAGUGACAGAAUUUAUGAACACUGUUGACGAGUUUCUUGGAAAAGAUUGCGAGAUGGUGAUCGGCGUACACUGCACGCACGGCCUGAACCGCACCGGUUACAUGGUGUGUCGAUACAUGCGCGACCGCCUUGGGGUGCCCGCCAAGGACGCUAUUAAGAGGUUCGAAAAAGCCCGAGGUUAUCAGAUAGAACGAGAAAACUACAUAGCUGAUAUAAUGGGGAUUGCGCCACGACCUCCUGACAUCGGUAGAAAUACUGUCAUAAAACCCAUAACAGGUAAAUAUUUGCCAAACAAGCGCUCGCCCCUUGCCGAAGACGAAGACGAAUAUGUGAAUCAAAGUGUAAUUAGAGACAGAUUUAAUAGAAGUAAUACAAGGAAUUCGAGACACAGAAAAGAUUCGAACGGUAGUGGGACUUCCUUCGACUAUAAGUACGAUUAUUAGCUCACAAAAGUACAAGUCGUGCUCUUAUUAAAAGUACAUUGCUAAUUUAAACUUUAGUGAAAGUGUUUUGAACUGAGUAUGUUUUUGUACCUAAUUUAUAGAUUUAUAGAUCUUGAUUUUUUUAUUACACCAGUUUUUGUACCAGUUGCGUAUCCUUUUAGACAUUUGACAUUUCUAUUAGCCAUAAUACUUAUAGGAAUCCUUCUUAUAUUUGAAAGUGACAAGUUUCGAAACGAAAUUUCAAAACGAAGAAACGGUUUUUUUUUAAUAUUACAGUAUCCGUCACUGGUAACGCCUGUAGAAACUGUCACUUGUCUUCCAUUUUUUAAAAGUACAUAUUUAUUCUUGUGUCUAUAAAAUCUUUUAGUAAAUUAUAACUUUAGAUCAAUAAUCCUUGUACAAAUUUAGGUACUGUACUACUUAGACUAGGAGCUAGGACUAGCGUGUUUAUACUUCAACCGCUUCUGUGCAUAGAUAUGAUCAACGAUAAUAAAUAAAACCGGUCAAGUGGACACUGAAGGUUCCAUGCAAACAGGCUUGAUGACAAACGAACGGACAGACAGUGGAACCUUAGUAAUAUUAUUCCAUCUUACCUUUUGGAUUCGGAAUACUUCGUCCUUUCAUAGGCGGUUAUCAAUAUAUGAUCGGGUAUCGUUAAAAAAGUGUACUUCUAUUGUUUUAGGUUAUGUGUAGGUUUGUCUCGAACAUUUGCAGUGUUUCUUACAUAUUGUAAGAUCUUAUUAAUUAUUUUAUUGCAGUUUUGAUAGGUAUUAUCAAAUAUAGCAACUAUUUGUGUUUUUUGACAUAUUUUGUUGUCAGAAAUUAUUGUGAAUAGGAGUAAUAAAAUGUGCUUUUACAUAGAGUACCUUCUAGAUUUCAUAGUUAUACUUAUUUAACUAAUCGACUAUUUUAACCCUUUUUUCUCCUUAACAAUAUGCUCCUUACGCAAGUAAUUCUUACUUAUAUGGUAUACUGUUUUUACUGUACCAUUUCACCAUUUUAGACAAAGGGAUUGUAUUGUCAAAUAAAACGGAUAUAUUUUGGAAUAAAAUCUUUUUUGUUUUUA